AUGCCUCUCCAUCAGUACGACUAUAUCUUCGCCAUUGGCGUUAUCUUCGCCGCACUUGAUGCCUGGAACAUCGGUGCCAACGAUGUGGCCAACUCGUGGGCGACUUCGGUGUCGUCGCAGUCCGUGACAUACCUCCAGGCCAUGCUGCUAGCCUCCGUCAUGGAAUUUGCCGGCUGUGUCGGCGUCGGCGCCCGCGUGGCCGACACCAUCCGAACCAAAAUCGUCAAGACCAUUGAGUUUGAGCACCACCCAGACCUCCUAAUGCUGGGCAUGGUCUGCGCUGUCGUGGCCUCAUCAAUUUACCUGACCUUCGCCACGAGGAUCGGCAUGCCCGUCUCGACCACGCACUCAAUCCUCGGCGGCGUGAUCGGCAUGGGCAUCGCGACCUUGGGCUCAAGCGGAAUCCUGUGGGUGGGCGAGAGCGGCGGCACCGGUGUCAUCAACGGCGGCGUUGUGCAGGUGUUCCUAGCCUGGAUCAUUGCGCCUGGGCUGUCGGGCAUCUUCGCGUCCAUCAUCUUCCUCAUCACCAAAUACGCCGUCAUGGCGCGCAAGAACCCCGCCACCUGGGCCCUGCGCAUUGUGCCCGUCUACUUCGGCCUCACCGCGGCCCUUCUGACCAUGCUCCUGCUCUGGAAGGGCGGCGGCUACAAGGUCUACCUCACUGACCCGGAGAUUGCCGGUACCAUUGUCGGCGUGGGGGCCGCCUUUGCCUUGUUCAUCGCCGUCACCCUCGUGCCCUGGAUGUACCGUGUCGUGAUCAAGGAGGACUGGCAGCUCCGCUGGUACCACAUCCCGCUGGGACUCCUGCUUCUGCGCCGUGGCGAGGUCCCGCCCCCGCCUGAAGACGCUUACAACGGCAUCAAGGACUACUACGCCGGCCGUCUGAACAAGGAACAGCUCGACGCCCGCAACGCCGCGGCCCGCGAUGAUGUCGAAAUCGUCGGGGGUGACGACACCGUCACCACGGCCGCAGCCGACGCAGAAAAGACCAAGAACGCCGAGGGGUCCGACGCCGAGGGAAGCGCCCCUCCCAACAGCCACAACCCCAACCAAAGCGCCCUCGCCAACGUCCGCCACGCGCCCAAGAAGCUAGUCGGCCCCAAACCCGAAGGCAACUGGCACUCGGGCCCCGUGCUCUUCUGGUACGUCAAGUGGGCGCUGCUCCGGGGUAUCGACCAGGACGUAGUCAACGCGCAGAGCACGGAGAGCCGGUUGGCGAGCAACAUCGACGAAGUACACGCGCACGCAGAGCACUACGACAACCGCACCGAGUACAUGUACAGCUUCCUGCAGAUCAUGACGGCGGCCACGGCGUCGUUUGUUCACGGCGCCAACGACAUUUCCAACGCCAUCGGGCCGUUUGCCACGGUCUUUCAGAUCUGGAACGAGGGGAAGUUGCCCGAGAAGGACCAGGCCGAUGUGCCGGUGUGGAUUCUGGUGUUUGGCGGUGCGAUGCUGGUGAUUGGUGUGUGGACAUAUGGGUACAACAUCAUGCGCAACUUGGGUAACCGGUUGACGCUGCAGUCGCCGUCGCGUGGGUUCUCCAUGGAGCUGGGCUCGGCUAUUACUGUCAUUGUGGCCACCCGUCUCAAACUCCCCGUCUCCACAACGCAGUGCAUCACAGGCGCCACCGUCGGCGUCGGUCUCUGCUCUGGCACCUGGCGUACCGUCAACUGGCGCAUGGUCGCCUGGAUCUACCUGGGCUGGAUCAUCACCUUGCCUGUGACGGGUAUCAUUUCGGGUUGCUUGAUGGGCAUCAUCAUUAACGCCCCUCGGUGGGGUUCUGAGCCUUUGGCUUAA